UAGAUAUUUAGACAUAUAGUCAUAUACACAGAGUGAAGCAAAGACUCUCUCUAACUUUGGUUGCUGACCAUGUUGUACAGACAGAUGGACUGACUGCGUUUAAGAACGGGCGACCAACUAGUUUUCUUUUUUUCUUUUCCUUUUCUUUUCUUUUCUUUUCAACUUGGGGCAGCAAGUAAGUUAUUACUACUAGUAUUAUUAUUAAGAACAAGUCUUACCAAUAUAUAUGAGCUAGGAUUGCCCCAUGUUUUGGUUUUCCGUCUUUGUUUAAGUCUUGGAUUUGGGGUUAUAGCCUCGAGAGAGAGCUUCCCUGCACUUUAUUCCUCUUCAAAUUUCUAGUACUGUGAACGAGGUAUUGUUUGUGAAUAGAGAAGAAGACGACGAAGAAGAACAACAACAAUAACCAUUUUCCUCUCUCUCUCUUUCUCACUAGUCUCUUCUGCUGCAUUGUCUUGUUACAAACUGAGAAUCUCUCAUCUUUUUUCUAUUCUCACUCACUAGUCUGUAUCUUCUUUUACUUCCUCUCUUUCUGUUCAUUCUAGUUUCAAUUCCUGACUUCACUAUUGUACUCCUUGGAUCUUAGUCAGUGAGAAGAAAGAACCCAAGAAUUUAAAAACUUCAUUUGGGUUGUUGUUUUCUAGGGACAUAUAGAUACAUUUGUUGUAUCUUGUCUUGUGUCUGAAAAUAGCAAGGUUUGGUAUUGAAGAAAUCUAAGAAGAAAUACAGUGAAUUGAGCUGAGGACUUUUUUAUUGAGAAAUCUCAAUUUGGAUCUUGUAGUCAAUGUUGAGUUGAGUUGAUUACAAACAAAACCCAGUGAGUAAUCAAUCACAAAGGACUAAUUUUUGAGUAGUAGUGUUGUUAUGAAGAAAUAUUGAAACACAAUGAGGGAAGAUGGAUAUACAAAGAAGAGUAAGUUUUCAUGGUCCAAAAGUCUUGUUAGAAAAUGGUUUAAUAUCAAGACUAAAGCUCAGGACUUCCAUGCCGAUGUUGUCUAUGGAGGUGGUAAUAGAGAGUGGAACAACAGUUACUCAGAGAUGGAGGCAUGCACUAUCAAGAAAAGCAGAACAGAGAGAUUGAAUAGGAAAAACUUUGAUGGUGUUAGGAGAGGAAAGCUUGAUCUUGAUGCUGCUCAAGUUACUGAUGUCCAAAAUCACAGUAUCUUUGUAGCUACAUGGAAUGUAGGUGGAAAAUCUCCACCAAGUCACUUGAAUUUAGAAGAUUGGCUUCAUACUUCACCUCCUGCUGAUAUCUAUGUUCUUGGCUUUCAAGAGAUUGUUCCAUUGAAUGCUGGCAAUGUUUUGGGAGCAGAAGAUAAUGGUCCUGCAAGAAAAUGGCUAGCACUUAUCCGUAAAACUCUGAACAAUCUUCCGGGAACUAGUGGAAAUGGUUGUUGUUACACGCCUUCACCUGUCCCUGAUCCCGUGGUAGAAUUAGAUGCUGAUUUUGAAGGAUCAACAAGACAAAAAGCUUCUUCAUUUUUUCAUCGUCGGUCAUUUCAAUCCUUAAGUCAUAGUAUGAGAAUGGAUAAUGAUAUGUUGGUCUCACAGCCACGACUUGAUCGGAGAUAUAGUGUCUGUGAUCGUGUUAUGUUUGGAAAUAGACCAAGUGAUUAUGACCCAAAUUAUAGAUGGGGUUCAUCCGAUGAGGAAAACGUACCUGAGGAUUCACCUAGUACUGUUUACUCGCCAAUGUCUUUUGGUGGAUCAAAUUCUAUGGAGCAUAGAGAGAAAUCAUCAGGGAAUUCGAGGUAUUGUUUGAUCUCUAGUAAGCAGAUGGUUGGGAUAUUUUUAACAGUGUGGGUAAGGAGUGAGUUAACUGAUGCUGUUCGAAACAUUAAAGUCUCUUGCAUUGGCAGAGGACUAAUGGGAUAUCUUGGGAAUAAGGGUUCCAUUUCGGUCAGUAUGUCCUUGCACCAAACAAGCUUUUGCUUCGUGUGUAGUCAUUUAACCUCUGGGCAGAAGGAGGGGGAUGAGCUACGACGGAAUUCUGAUGUUAUGGAGAUAUUAAGAAAAACGAGGUUUCCACGUGUUCAUGGACUAGGAGAUGAGAGAUCCCCGGAAACGAUUAUGGAUCAUGAUCGAGUAAUUUGGCUUGGAGAUUUGAACUACCGUAUUGCCCUCUCUUACCGUUCUGCGAAGGCACUUGUUGAGAUGCACAAUUGGAGGGCACUGCUACAAAACGAUCAGUUACGCAUAGAGCAAAAGCGGGGUCGUGUGUUUGAAGGAUGGAGCGAAGGGAGGAUAUAUUUCCCUCCAACAUACAAGUACUCGAAUAACUCAGAUAGAUAUGCAGGGGAUGACGCCCACAACAAGGAAAAACGGCGAACUCCGGCAUGGUGUGAUCGCAUUUUGUGGCAUGGAAGAGGCAUCCGGCAAUUAUCUUAUGUUCGUGGCGAGUCAAGGUUCUCAGAUCACCGGCCAGUUUAUAGUAUCUUUACUGCCGAGGUUGAAUCAAUCAAUCAUAGUCAAAUUAAGAGAAGUGCGAGCUGCACAAGUUCUCGGAUUGAGGUCGAAGAACUUUUACCUCACUCACGUGGAUAUACUGAGCUUAAUUUCUUCUGAAUGGUUAGGAGCUUGUAAAGACUCAAAUUUGAGAGGGGAUCAUAAUGAGAUAGUUGCUGUUUGGUAUGAAGAGAACUUCGGGUGUGAAGCCAAAUGACCCGUGUUUUCUCGAAAGCAGAUUCCUCUUCUGCGGCACCUCAAAUACUUCAGACAACGACGACAUGGAAAUCCCAAGGGCUGGACCAUCUAUUUGCCAAAAAAGUUGGAAGUAAACUUGCUCGAAAGGUUGACGGAGAAAUUCGAUCCCCACAAACCGCCAAAAAGCCUAACAAAGCACUCAUUUAUUUUCUUCACUCCUGAUUAUCUAGCCUGUCCUAACCAUUUCAUACAAUAGGCAUAACUAGUCCGUAACCCAACCUAUCAGAUAUUCAAAUUUUUCGUCAAACUAUCAUGUAACAAGUUCAGCUAGUCUUGAGGCUGAAUACUCAUUGCAACUUAACCAGCCUCGAACAUAAAGACCAGUAGCAGCAUUUUCUUCCACUUGAUGACCCGGAUGUAUAAUGUAUAAUGUAUCUUCCCUGAAGCUCGAAAUCCUAAGUGGGUAACAGGCGAAAGUAGUACUAGUAUUUGUCUUUUUUUUCUAACUCAUUGUUUGUAUUUUAAAUGUUAUUCUUUUGUAUAUAACUUAGGAGUUCGAGAAUCAUUGCUUAUAUUCUUAGAGACUGAGAGAAAAAAGAAGAAAUGAAACAAGAAUAAUCAUUUGUUUGUUGUAAAGAAGAAGAAGAUGGGAGGGAAAUGUGAUAAAGACCAAAGUGAAUGAGAAAAAAGAAGAAAAGAAAAUGGUGAAGUUAUCAUAGAUACUUAUGUUGUAGCUCUGAUACAUCUUAAUGAUUUUUAUACCGAAAAAGUUCAAGUUUUUGCUUCUUGUA